UAAAGCAGGCCAAAAGAGACUCGUAUUUACUUUGGUGUACGGUUUUUAGUGAUCAAGAUGCAGCUGUGGCGGCCGGCGGUGCUGCUCCUCUCGCUGGCGGCGCUCUUCUCGUCGGCUCACGACCUAGAGGAGACGACGACGACCACCACCACCGAGGAUGCCGACGUCACCACCCUGACGACGCAAGAGCCGCUGCUGCGCGCUAAUAAUGAGGGCAAGCAGGACAACGCCGAGACCACCACCAGACGACCCUGGUGGAGCCUUGGCAUCUUCCCCAUCAGGCAGCGCCAGCAGCGGUGCCAUUGCGUGGACUAUACGUGCGGAUGCUGUGCCGGCAUGGCCCUUCAAACUAUCUACAUCACCCAAGUUGGUUGCAUGAACUUUACAUACGACCCUGACGAGUUUGCACUUGGCGUUAAAUUCCUGAUGAACGAGAGGACCAUGAUGGAGCGGCAAGUCUCUGGCAAAAACCCGCCGCCACUGUGCUUCCCGAUUCCGAGCUUGGUGUCACUCAUCCCCCGCUUCGAUUUUUGCGCCAAGUUUUUCAAUGUGUUCACGCCGGGACGCAACUUCCACGCGUGCCUUGAGUGGCAGACUAAGGUGAACUCCAACCCUGUGCUGGCCGUUGAGUUCGACUGUUUCCGCAUGGGCGCCGACGGCUUCGCCUUCCUGAAACCUGAGGACGGUGGCGGCCUCGGUCCCAGCCAGAUUUCGCCUGGCGGCGGUGGCGGAGGAGGCAGCAUCGAUUACGGAGCCGGCGGAGGCGGGGGCGGUAGCGCUGGGGCCGGUGUCGGCGAGGAUUACGACCCACUUGAGCCUGAGCAGCCCGAUAAGAACAAGAACAAAAAGAAGCCCGCCAAGAAGAAGCCUCCCAAAAAUUGAAUUUAAAUUAUUUAUUUAUUUAUUAAUAAAAGUUAAGCCUAAAAA